UCUCUUCCGACUUGCGCACCGCCGGCUUCGACGCAGUUAUCUGAGCCACAGCACUAUUACCUACGACAUCAUGAAGCGCGGCGCACUUAUUUCGUAUCCCACAGCAAUCGUCUGCCUUGCCUUCGCUGCAUCCGCCGAACCACGCCCCCUCUCGGAGAUCGUGAAAUCCUUCCACUUCCACAUCUCCCCGCAAACGCCCUUCCACCUUCCAGCACCUUUCAAGAUGGCCCCCGCAGAUGAGAGUGUCUCAACGGACGUGAUAAUAUCUGAUGUAAUCGGAAAAACCCAGAGCAUCGCCAUAUUCUCUGGUUUGACACGAGACAUUGAUCCUGUGUCAGGAAGACUAGAUGACGCAUCGAAGAAUGCUACAGUGCUGGCUCCAGACAACGGUGUAAUGCGCGAGUUGAAGCGGAAGCCAUGGGAAGAUCCCGAGGACUAUAGCGCAUUUGGAGCUGAAGCAUACCAAGGUCCGGAUGGAGAGGAUAGGGCGCAUAAGAACCUCAGACGUUUCGUGGAGAGGCAUGUGGUCCCUGAAUCGCCAUGGGAGGAAGGUAAGAAAGUGAAGACACUCGAUGGGAACGAGAUCUGGUGGGAAGACAAGGAUGGGCAAAAGAAGAUUCAACCUGGUGACGUAGAAGUCAAGAGCAUUGCUGAUAAGGUCUCAAACGGAGAAGUGUGGGUAAUUGGCGGUUCUUUGGCAUAA